AUGAUGCUUCACCCAGGCAGCCUUCUCGCAUUCGCAUCCCUGUCACUCUUGGCCUGUGCCCAACCACUCAGGCUACCCGUGGUCGAAGGGAUCAGUUUGGAGUGUCCCUCUCCUAGGAAUGGCGUACUACUUCCAAGGGGGGAUAAAUCAUCACCAAUCCAUAUUGAUUUCAAUGAUGCCCAUAACAUCCACGUUGAUAUAGGCACCAUGAUAUUUUACGGAUCGGACAAAGUGAUAGAUCCUGGGCCGAAUGCAACGUCAGACGAUGCAACAAGUCUUGCGGAGACUUCCGGUACACGAACAACCAGCGAUUGUCCACCUAAUGUUUCGUGUCCCGAGCCUAAUUCAAGAUCAUCGACAGAUGUGAAGGCCUUCUCGACAACUCUCAAAAAUCCUUCAGCUACAUCGAAAGUGUCGGUUCGAUAUGUUGAAGACAUGACCACUGAUUAUAACCCGACGAGUACACUAUCGGUGGCAUGUGUUGGUUGCUCAGAGGCUGGAAUCGCGACUCAAUACGCUAGUGCUCCUGUGAGUAUGGAAGACGCAUGA